AUGGAUGUUGUCGAGAAAUUUAGGCUUAAAUUUAGAAUUUCUAAUGAUUUAUACAGAUGUCUCCUAUGUGAGUUCUUCUGCACUGGAUUACUUGUGUUUGGAGGCACAACUACGAGUGCACAGUACGUUCUUUCCAAAGGUACUCAAGGAAGCUGGAUAAAUGUUAACCUCGGAUGGGGAUUUGCACUGGUUAUGGCAGUUUACGCGGGAUAUAACAUUUCUGGAAGCCAUUUAAAUCCGGCAGUUUCACUUUUUCUUUGGACAAUGGGACGGCUCUCUGGGGUCCGGUGCAUUCUAUAUAGUAUUGUUCAAAUAUUAGGGGGAUUUUGUGCAUCGUUUUUCACCUGGGUUCUUUACUACGACGCACUUAAUGCUUAUGAUGGUGGCACAAGAAUGGUUGAAGGUGAAUUAGCGACUGCUGGUAUAUUUUCAACAUAUCCGAAAGCCUUCCUUAGCGUUGGUGGAGGCAUUGCUGACCAGGUGAUUGGAACGGCUUAUUUGUGUAUAUGCGUGUGCAUGGUCACCGACAAACGUAACAAAAUCCCGCAGCAUCUUCAACCUCUUAUAAUUGGCUUUAUCGUUGUUCAGAUAGGUAUCUGUGCGGGUAUGAAUGGCUACGCGAUUAAUACAGCUCGAGAUCUUGGACCCCGUCUAUUCACGCUUUGCGCCGGUUGGGGAUGGGGAACGUUCAGUUACAACAAUUAUAAGUGGUUUUGGAUUCCGACGUUCUGUCCGUUGGUUGGUGGUGUUCUGGGCGCUUGGAUUUACCAGUUUUUCCUAGGUAUUUAACU